AUGGCCCUUCCCGCCGACCCAAUACAGCCGACGUCCCCGACAGUACCGGGCCAUUCAGAAACCUUGCCCGAGGCUGAACCUCCCCUCCGACGGCGCCAACAGCACAUCGGCAAGCUCGACCGACGGCUCGAGUCCCGCCAUGUGCAGUUUCUCGCGCUCUCGGGCGCCAUCGGCACCGGCCUCUUCGUCGGCACCGGCCAAGUGCUGUCGCUCGCUGGUCCCCUGUCGGCAUUGAUAUGCUAUGCCGUGACGGGCUUCAACCUUUACUGCGUCAUCAACAGCCUCGGCGAAAUGGCCGCCUGGCUUCCCGUCCCCGGCGCCGUGCCCAUCUUCGCCGCGCGCUACGUCGACGCCGCCCUCGGCUUCACCCUCGGCUGGAACUACUGGUACCAGUUUGCCAUUGGCGUGACCGUUGAGGUGACGGUGUGCGGCGUCGUCGUCGACUACUGGCCCAACGCCGUGCCCAAGGCCGCCCUGAUGACGGCCCUCCUCGCCGCCAUGGUGCUGGUGAAUUGUCUGCCCGUGCGUGUCUACGCCGAAGCCGAGUUCGUCUUUGGCGCCCUCAAGCUCGUCACCAUUGUCGGCCUCAUCCUGCUCAUGUUCAUCAUCACCCUGGGCGGCUCGCCCGCCGGCCGCGCCAUCGGCUUCCGCUACUGGCGUCACCCGGGGCCCAUGAACACGUACCUCCAGGACGGGGCGCUGGGCCGCCUCCUCGCCUUCUGCAAGGUCUUUGUCCAGGCGACCUUUGCGUAUGGCGGGAGCGAAAUGGUGGUCGUGGCGUCGGGCGAGACGAAGAACCCACGCCGCAACAUCCCCAGGGCUAUCCGCCGCGUCUUCUGGCGCAUCGCCGUCUUCUACGUCUUGUCCGUCUUCCUCGUCGGCCUGUGCGUGUCGUCGGCGGACCCCGAGCUCCUCAACGCCAUCACGAAUUCUGCCCCUGGCGCCGCGCAGUCCCCCUUUGUGAUUGCCAUCCAAAACGCCGGCAUCAGGACGCUGCCCUCCGUCAUCAACGCCGUCAUCCUGACGUCUGCCUGGUCGGCGGGGAACUCCUUCUUCUACGCUUCCACACGCGUGCUCUACGCCGCCGCGUUGGACGACAAGGCGCCCUCCGUGCUCAAGUGGGAGCGGUUUGGCGUGCCCUACGGCUGCGUUGCUGCCACGACGGCGUUGAGCUGCCUCGUGUACCUGAACGCGAACAAUCGCUCCGCAGAAGUCUUCUUCUGGAUCAGCAACCUCAGCGCCGUGAGUACCCUGAUCGUCUGGGCUAGCGUCUGCUACACCUACCUCCGCUUCUAUCACGGCCUGCGCCAACAGGGCGUCUCGAGGGCCAUGCUGCCCUACAAGGCGCCGCUCCAGCCGUUUCUCGCGUAUUUCGCCCUAGUGUUUUGUCUCGCAGUUGCCUUGUUCAAUGGGUUUGAUGCGUUUUUCCCCGGUAAAUUCUCCGCAAAGACGUUGGUGCCGCCCUACAUUGAUAUUCCCAUCUUCUUGGCUCUAUUUUUAGGGUACAAGUCUGUCGUGGGGACGCGGCUCGUCAGCUUGGCCGAGAUGGAUCUUUGGUCGGGAAAGGCGGAAAUUGAUCGUUUGGAGGGGACGUGGGAGGUGAAUAAGCCGAGGAACUGGCUUGAGAGGAUAUGGUUCUGGAUUGCUUAG